AUGGUGAUACCAAGAGAGGACAACUUAGUCCGCCUCUACACCCAGAUAUCCUCACCCGAGGAUGCUGACUGGGACCCUAAGCAGACAGCUACCCUCCAGCAAGCGCAAGACUCCAUCAAAAAGGCCCUAAAGCCAUACAACAUCUCCUGGGAUACAGUUGACUGGUAUUCCACCUACCCCAUAGGUCAAGUUUUAGCAGACUCAUACAGUUUGGAUCAGCGUAUCUUCAUUGGGGGAGAUGCAUGCCAUACUCACAGUGUAGGUUACCCCAGCCAGUCUAAAUUUAACGCUAUUGGUAUAUUGUCUAACCAAUCUCCUCACCAGCCAAAAGCCGGUCAGGGAAUGAAUGCUGGAUUUCACGAUGCCCUAAAUCUAGCAUGGAAGAUCCAUGCAGUCGAGGCUGGAUUUGCCGAUCGCUCGAUCCUUGAAUCUUAUGAAGCGGAACGGAGAUACAUCGCUCUGCAGCUGCUUGAUUUUGAUGCCAAAUACGCGAAGUUAUUUUCCCAGAGAUUAUCUACAAAAGACCCCAACCUACCCGAGAGCAAGGUGUUUACCAAAUUGCACAAAGCUGCCGCGGAAUUCACAAGCGGUUACGGCAUCAUAUACCCCCCGAAUGACUUUAAUUGGCAUCCGAAUCAUAGAGCCAAAUCACCGCUUUUCAUCUCCGAAGGAAAGGGACUCAAGCCUGGCCGUUGCUUUCCACCGGCUACCGUCACUCGUCUAGUUGAUUCUAAUCCCGUGCAUCUGGAACAGGAAAUUCCCUUGAACGGUUCAUUUCGGAUAUUGAUCUUUGCCGGGAGCCUGGACAAAUCCAGAACUGCUCUGGCUGAUUUCUGCCAACACAUGGAAAAACCUUCGAGCUUCUAUUCUUUGUUUGCGACACCCGAGCAUUACCCAGACCCGUACUUUGAGAAGCAUAAUCCUCAUUCCAGAUUCUUCACCCUUGCAGCUGUAUUCAUGGAAGAAAAGGAUAACGUUGAUAUCUCCACUCUUCCACGGCUUCUCAAAACGUACAAUCAUCAUAUCUACGCCGAUGACCUCGUUCAUAAGAGGAAUACUCGUCCGAUGGGCUCGGUCCAUAGGAUGCUUGGCUUUGACACUAACAGGCCCGGUGUUGUAGUCAUACGCCCUGACGGACAUGUUUCCUGUAUUGUCAUGUUGGAGGAAGGAAGCGGAACGGUUGAUGCCUUGAACAAGUAUUUUGGCACAUUCACAUCGAAGGUGGCCAGCGGAUUAACGAUUUCACGACUAUGA